UUCGAGGCCAUCGAAAUGGCUUGGCCUUACUUUCUCGACUGCGACCGAUUCUUCGUCAGCGACCAGGAAGGCUGCUACGAUCCGCUCUCCCAGCUUCGAGCUAGGCAAGAAGUCCUUUUCACCAACAUCUCCGACACCCCGUCCACGCUCAUCCGCUUCACAUACCACUCCAACGCUCAGAUGUUCAGCAUACUCAAGAAAACGGCUGCCAAGUGUUCCCACAUUUCCAGAACUUACAGCAUUGGCCGCAGUGUGGAGGGAAAAGAUCUGCUUGUGAUUGAGUUCUCCGAUAACCCCGGCCAACACGAUCUUUUGGAGCCGGAGAUCAAGUACGUGGGGAACAUGCAUGGGAAUGAGGUGCUGGGGCGACAGCUGCUGAUUUACCUGGCGCAGUACCUGUGCUCCGAGUACCUGCUGGGGAACGAGCGCAUCCAGACGCUCAUCAACACCACCCGCAUCCACAUCCUCCCUUCCAUGAACCCUGACGGCUACGAGCUUGCCGCAUCUGAGGUAGCCGAUAGCAACGACCCUGAAAACCCCUACCAGGAAGGUCACAUGUUGAACGGGUGGACCAGCGGCAGAGGCAACGCCCAGAACCUCGACCUCAACCGCAACUUCCCUGACCUCACCUCCAUCUUCUACAACCGUCGCAGAUUCCGCCGUUUCCGUAGCGACCACAUACCUAUUCCAGACUCCUAUUGGGCCAGUCAGGUGGCGCCUGAGACCUAUGCUGUGAUGAAGUGGAUCAGGGCCAUUCCUUUUGUACUGUCAGCCAGUCUGCAUGGGGGAGAGCUGGUGAUUUCGUACCCCUUCGACUUUUCCAGACACCCAUAUGAGGAAAAAAUGUUCUCCCCAACACCAGAUGAGCAGGUAUUUAAACUGCUGGCGAGGACAUACGCAGAUGCCCAUGCUACCAUGGCCAGCAACAACACAGACAGAUGUGGAGGGUCCUUUGCCAAUAAAGGGGGUAUAAUUAAUGGGGCACAGUGGUACAGCUUUGCUGGAGGAAUGCCAGACUUUAACUACCUACACAGUAACUGCUUUGAGAUCACAGUGGAGCUGGGCUGUGAUAAAUUCCCCUCUGAAGAGGAGCUUUAUCCCGAAUGGCUCAGGAAUAAAGAGGCCUUGCUCAGUUUCAUGGAGACGGUUCACAGAGGCAUAAAGGGUAUAGUCAAGGAUGAAAAUGGGAAUGGAAUUAAAGGAGCCACAAUCUCUGUUAAAGGGAUACGACAUGACAUAACCACAGCUGAGGACGGAGAUUACUGGCGACUCCUCAACCCUGGAGUCCACAUCAUCACCGCUACUGCAACAGGCUAUUCCAGGGUGUCCAAGCGCAUUAGGCUCCCACGCAACAUGGUCAUGGCAGGUCGGGUGGACUUCACACUGAAGAAGGUUCCCGUGGAGCCAAACUGGGAUUAUUAUAACAUCCCCGAACUGGACAAUUACGAGCGCUUUGACCCUUACAACCAGUUCGAGAAGUACAGUCAGGCGGAGCUUGCUGAGAACGGGGCGGAGAGGGUGGAGAAACCCUGGUGGUGGGCCUACUUCACCCAAACAGGGAACUCUGCACCUACCUGGUUGCUAAAGAACUAUUAG